AGAAGAAAAGGGAGGGCAGAAGAGAAGCAGCUCCUGAGUAAAGGGAUCGAAGAAAGUGAUGCCGCUGCUUUUGACCGCUUGAUCACUUUUAACAACUGAGCACUGUCAUGUUAAGAGCGGAUAAAUAGUUUAAUAGGCAGAACUGCAAAACACCAGCUAAACAGCACUCGUGUUCCCCAAAAAGGGGCAUCACAACCAUGGCAACUGCACAGUCUGCUGUAACGUUUGCAGUGUGCAUCCUCAUGAUAACAGAGCUAAUACUUGCCAAGAAGGACUAUUAUGAUAUACUGGGAGUGCCUAAAGAUGCUACUGAGCGUCAGAUAAAAAAAGCUUUCCACAAGCUUGCAAUGAAACAUCACCCAGAUAAGAACAAGAGCCCUGACGCUGAAGUGAGAUUCAGAGAAAUUGCUGAAGCUUAUGAAACUUUAUCAGAUGAAACCAGAAGAAGAGAAUAUGACCAGUUUGGUUACACCUCUGCGUACUUUAGUGGGGAGACGGAAGGCAGACAUAGACAAGGUGCCCACCAACCUUUCAGCUUCAACUUUGAUGACAUUUUCAAGGACUUUGACAUUUACAGCCAGAACAGGCACGCUCGCCACCGAAGACACUUUGAUGAACACUCAAGGUACCACAAGGAGUCCCACAGCAGACAUAAGAGACAUUUUCAAGGAGGUUUUGGAGCAGGUAUCUUUGAUGACAUGUAUGACGACAUAGAGCGAAUGUUUACCUUUGACAGACACACCAAACAGACUGACAACAGGUUUCGUGGUGCAUCGAAACAACACUGUAGAACAGUGACACAGCGCAGAGGAAAUAUGGUAACCACAUACACAGACUGUACUGCAUCUUAAGAUGCAAUGUAAAAUUACAUCUGACUCAAAAUUGCUUUAACGGUAUACAAUACUGUUGUAUUGAUAAGGUAAUGGAAAGCCACAUGGUUCAAAUACUAUGAAAUUUGAGCACUGACCUUGAUAUCUGAUAUUCAGGCACAGGAUGGCAAACAGUGAACACUCAGUUUUCUUAGGUCUAAAUUCAAAUAAGCUAAUAAUGGUGUGUGUGUGUGUGUGUGUGUGUGUGUGUGUGUGUGUGUGUGUGUGUGUGUGUGUGUGUGUGUGUGUGUGUGUGUGUGUGUGUGUGUGUGUGUAGUGACGCGCGCGCAUUGACUUGUACAUGAUUGUAGUAGUUUUUCAUUUAUUGUUGAAAUGAGCUGAUAGAGUAUUUUGUCAGUGUUUUUUAAGCACCUUCUUUAAUAGUGUAAAGUUACUGUUUGGAAAAAUAUGUGUCAGUUCACCACUAGUUCACUACUUCCACUCUGUUAUUUUUUACAGUUUUUGGUUUCCUUUUUUAUAGUUUUUGCCAUUGUGCGUCUAAAAAAACAAAAAACAAAAGGUAAAAACAAUAGCAGCCCGUGGAGUUUUUGCUUAUGUCAGCAAUGUCAACAAAAAUCUGUGACCCUCUACAUGUUUGCUUGUUUAACUGCUGUUUGUACUACAUUGUGUUGAAAUAUUCAUGUACCCUACACUGCCAGUCACAUGUUUUGAACACCAUAUAUUUGAGCAUUUGUAGUUAAAUCCGCAUCAAUGCAGUUGUAAAGUAAUUUUAAAUAUCUGUAUUUAGGCUAUCUUUAAUAAAAAAAAAAGUCACAGACAUUUCUGAGUUCUGAAUCACACUCAAUAUUUUCUGGAUGAAGAGUAAUACAUUUAAAUUUCCAGUUACAAUGCUUGAAAUGUAGCCAAAAAUCCUAAAAUGUGAAUAAAAACUUUUGACUGGCAUGGCAGACAAACUUCAAAGAAUGUUCUAUUUGUAACUUGCAGAGGACGAAUUUAACUGUACGUUGACUACAGUAUGUACUACUGUAUAUGUUUCAUGACUUCUUAUUGUACUAGUCACACGGUUUAUUUUUUUUAAAUUUAUUUUAUAUAACAGUGUAAAAUAUUGCUUUUUUUUAUCAACAGUGUAAGAAUACUGCAGUGCUACAAUGCUGAAUAAAUGCCGUAUGUUUAAGUAUAUACAAGCAUCAAUGUUCAGCACAUUCUCUGAAUCUGGUGAUGGCUACUCACCAGUGUUAACAAGCUAGUUGAUACAACCCCCCAAUAUAUUGUUUUCCUAACAUAUCAUCUGUUACCUCAUACUUUAAAACUGUACAGUUACAUGCUUCUUUUACAUUGUAGUGUGCAAUAUUUAUGAUAUAAUGCACUAUGAUAGUGUUGUUUAUACUAAAUGGCACUUUCAAUUGUGUAUAAAUGCGUUUUAAGAAAUAAAACCUCUUUACUUAUUUUUGAGCGAGA